AUUUAGAGAAGUGGACAGUUCCUGCUUUGGCAGCGAAGACGGAAGAAAGCAGCUUUAAAUCAUCAGCGCCUCAAACAUGAACGCCCGUCACUCUCUGAUCUGCUUCUUCUUCCUCACACUGAGGGAUGGAAACAGUGGGCUCACCAACGCACAAAACCUCGACCGUACAGAAACUGAAGGAGGAAACUUCAGAGUUUCAUGCUCCUUUACUUUCUCUGGAGGAAGGAAGCUCUUCUGUAAGGGAAAAUGUGAAGAAGGAAACAUUCUGGUUGAAACGACUGGAGACUCCGAACAGAGGGGCCGAUACAGCAUCAGAUAUAACGAGGGGACUCUAUUAUCUUACGCAAUUCUGUACGUGGGCAUCACAAAACUGACCAAGUCUGACGCAGGACGGUACCAAUGUGGUCUGGUCAGAUCUGCACUUUUCCCUGACUCAUACCAGGACAUUGAGAUCAGAAUUACAGAUGCUCCAACCUCUUCAAAACCAGAAGUGACUCUCCGACCUUUUCCAACAUCAGCCCCAUCAGCCUCCCCACUGACCACCACUCAGAGUCUGAGCUCCAUACCUUCCUCAGCCUCCCCUGAACGCACCACGCAGCCUCCAGAUGGUGUGGUGCUGUACGUUGGUCUGAUUCUGCUCGUCAUGUUCAUCGUACUAUCGGUUGUGUUGCUGAUAUUCUGCAGGAAGAGAGCCAGGAAAGAACCUCCUAUGGAAACUGAGUAUAUUUCUGAUACAGAGGCUAAAGAUGACCCGGGUAAUCUCAACUACUCGGAGGUGGAUUUCUCAAAAAAUGGUGCUGCCCCGCUCCACAGCGCCCCCUGUGGCGACACAGAUAACGUCCUGUACUCUGAUCCUCGGGUAGCACAGAGCUCCGACGUUAGCCACGCAGAAGACGCUUCACUUGCUCUUUACUCCACUAUUUCUUUACAUCAGAUGUAGCUUCAAAUCUGUUAUUUCCAAAUGUACUUUCUCAGUGACGGACAGGCGAACACAAAGUUGUGUCAUUACGCAUUUCAAAUGUAUCUGGUAAAUAACUUAAAGGUCUCCUAUCAUGCAAAAUGCACUUUUUAAUGUCCUUUAGGUUACUCACAAAGUGUCAGAAAAUGAAACCCUCUCUCUUUUCCUCCGUACCCACAUCUCUAAAAACGGGGGUACAACGGAGCUGAUCCAGAUUUGCGUCCGAUAUGACAUAAUAUCGGAAAUGUGGACCCACAGCCCUUUCAGAAACAUUACUAUCAGAAAAAAUGCACGACGUGUUUUGGACGUAAAAUGGUCUUUGUUUACAUUAGCAUCGCUAACGCUACUGGAGAGAGUAUGUGUAAAAAAGCAGGAAAUAAAAAGGAACUCACCUUGUGGUAUAACCGGCAAGAAAGAAAGCCUUUGAGCUCCAUACUGUUUCAGAAAUAAUCCUUGAUGUGGUUUGGAACA